AGAUUCUCAAACAAAUUUUUAAAGUCUAUCGAAUUGGCGCAGUAAUGAAAGGAAUUACUUUGUUGUUAACGUGUUUGGUGUAUUGUUCGAAUAUCGGUCCGAUACGUGCCAAUUUACCGAAGGUAUGCUUUGCGGGUUCAUCUUGUGUGGUCGGUCGAUUUAUGAGCGGCUAUGAGAGCUAUUCAUUUGAAGCUUUCUUGGGCAUACCAUACGCCAAACCACCCAUCGACGAUUUGAGAUUUAGCAAUCCUGAAAAAGCGGAACUAUGGAAUGGCACCUUAUUAGCACAAUAUCCUAAGCCUGAUUGCAUACAACGUGAUUAUAUCAAUAUAUUAAAACCGAUUAGCGGUUCAGAGGAUUGCCUGUACUUGAACAUAUAUCGCCCCUUGCACAAAGCCGGUGGAAAAUUGCCAGUAAUGUUUUACAUACACGGUGGUGGCUUUUUUAGCGGUUCACCAAGUCCUAGCAGUGUAGGACCCCAAUAUUUUAUGGAUACGAGUGAUGUAAUUCUAGUAGUGCCCGCCUACCGCUUGGGUCCAUUUGGUUUCCUAUCUACUAACGAUGAAGAGAUGACGGGAAAUUUUGGACUUAAGGAUCAGAAAUUAGCUCUAAAAUGGGUUAAAAACUACAUUUCGGCUUUUGGCGGUGAUCCCGACCGUGUGACUAUUUUCGGUCAUAGUGCUGGCGCUGCAGCAGUCCAUUUACACUUAAUGAAUAACAAUAAAGAGGGUCUAUUCAGUAACGCUAUUAUGAUGAGUGGCGCCGCAAACUCACCAUUCGCUUUGCCAUUAAACGAUCCUAGAGAUCAAGUCGUUCAAUUGGCUAAAGCUGCUGGUGUAAUAGAAGCGGAGAGUCUAAGUUCCGCUGACCUAGUUCAAGCAUUGCGAUCAAUCAAACCGAAAACCUUGCUACGAGCUGCCGAUGAUCUUAAAAUUUGGGCUGAGCAACCAAUUGUAAUUUUCCGUCCGAAUGUUGAAGAUAAGUGCUGGAAUGAUGCAUUUUUAACAAAGAACCCAAGAGAACCAUAUAUACCGUUUGGAACGGACAAUGAUAUACCUUGGAUCGUUGGUAAUGCACCUGCCAAGGGUGAGGGUUUGCCUAUGGCACUUCGGUUGACAACAAAUAAGAAAUUGCGGAAUGAGUUCAAUAAAGAGUUUAGCAAAAGAUUGAGCAUUACAUUGGAUUUACCUCUUGUAUGUGACACAGAAGAUGUGAUACAGUCAUUGGUAAAAGAGUACAUGGAUGGUAACCGAGAAUUGAAUGAUGAAACAUUGGAUGGCUUUUUGGAGCUUUUGGGAGACGCCUAUUUCGUAUACCCAACUUACAGGCUUUUAAAUUAUAAUGCCGAUUCUAACCGCACUGAUUUUAGAGGAAUAAUAAAUUUUGACUAUCGCGGACCCUAUUCGUAUUCGAAAAUAUUUACAAAGAGCUUAAAAAAUUUUGGCACUGCACACGUUGAUGAUUCGCUGUUCCUGUUUCAAGGGCCACGCGGAGUGUCGUAUGGUUAUUUAAAGAAGUCUCGUGAGGCAGCUUUGGUUAGACGCUAUGUGAGGCUGUUUCAGUCUUUUGCCGAAAAUGGUUAUUCAGAUGAAUUUGCUAUCAGCGAAGAAUGUAAUGAUUUAAAUUUUCCGAAAUGUGAAUCUUUGUCGAUUGUAAAGAAUGAUGAACCUUUCGAAUCUGGUAUACCGUGGAAUAUGGAACGAAUGGCGUUUUGGGAAUACCUAUAUGAAAUUUGCCAGUUUUGAAUGUAUAUAUAUACAUAUUUUGUAUUUAUAUAUACAUAUGUCCAUGUAUAUACUUUCUUUUUGCAAUAAAGCCGAAAAUGAAGUCAUACUAA